UGCAGCAUUUGGCCACAAGAGCGCGAGCCUGAGCCACACCAGAUGAGGGGAAGGUGACAACAUUCGCGUGCCUUUUAGUCCGAAAGAUUGUGGGUAAAGUAAAACAUUCCAUUCCAAACACUGUCAAAGCCACACCGGAGGCUGUCAACAGCUUACUUCCACACACUUCAGCAUCUCUCCGUCUUGCACGAUGAUCCCCGACAACCAAGAUAUCAGACACACAGUUGGUUUUUAUUUCAUUUUUCUGUUGUUCGUUCCUGUCAACAUUGUCAUCGGCAGCACAAGACCAGGCUCCCAGAACCAGGAUUCAGAGGAAGUCCUCUAUGACAGCCAGCUAGACCUGCGAGAGAUAGUAUUUGUGAUCCAGAGCCAGAGUAACUCAUUCCACAUGAGUUGGGCGGAGAGACAGAGAGCAGACCUGUUACAACAGACUCAGAGCCUCACACAGACACCCCCUCCAGUCCUGCUCCUCCACAGUCUGACAGACAAUGAGGGAGACUGGAGCAUCCUUCCUCUGCUGCCUUACCUCUCCUCGUUGUUUGGGAAGAACUCAUCCUGGUUGGUGUUUCUGGAAGAGGAAACUAACGUCAAGGUGACCAAGCUGCUCCAGGCCCUCAGGAAGUUUGACAGGAGAAAAGAGUGGUUCCUGGGUAAACCUCUCCAUGACGAGGAGUCGACCAUCAUCCACCACUACGCCUUUGCAGAGAACCCCUCCAUCUUUAAAUACCCAGACUUCUCUGCUGCCUGGGCCCUUAGCAUCCCCCUGCUUGACAGGCUCGCAAACAAAGUGAGAGAUGAUCCACUCAAGUCUGACUUCACUAUCGAUCUGAAGCAUGAGGUAGCUCUGUAUAUCUGGGAGAAUGGCCAAGGGCCUCGUCUGACGGCAGUCCCAGAGCUGUGUACUGAGCCAGAACACUCUCCCACUGCCCAACACUGUGCUACCACGCUCAGGAGACCUGCUCCUCUGUGUGGGGAGCCUGUAAAGAAGGAAGACAUCUUUGUUGCUGUGAAAACUUGCAAGAAGUUUCAUAGCGAGAGAGUCCCAGUGGUGAAGAAGACGUGGGAGAGAGAGGCAUCUCUGUUGGAGUAUUACAGUGACCACACUGACCCCUCCAUACCUACCAUUGACCUAGGAGUCCCCAACACAGAGAGAGGUCAUUGUGGGAAGACGUUUGCCAUCUUGGAGAGGUAUAUCAGCGAUGCGGUGCCAAAGACGAGUUGGCUGCUGGUGGUGGAUGAUGACACACUCAUCAGCCUGCCCAGACUGCAGAUGCUGUUGAGCUGUUACAACCCCUCUGAACCGGUGUGUCUAGGGGAGAGGUACGGCUACGGGCUGGGCCAGGGAGGCUACAGCUACAUCACCGGAGGAGGGGGGAUGGUGUUCAGUAGGGCAGCGGUAGUGAGGCUCCUGGCCAGUGACUGCAAGUGUUACCGUGAUGACGCCCCUGAUGACAUGGUGCUGGGGAUGUGUCUCAACGCUCUGGGGCUCCCUGUCACACAUAGCUCCCUCUUCCACCAGGCACGACCUGAAGACUACUCCAGAGACUUCCUAGCCCACCAGGUGCCCAUCUCUUUCCACAAACACUGGAACAUCGACCCCGUCGCCGUCUUCAACAGGUGGCUAAAGGAUGAGUCGAUGUCAACAAGCACACACGGACUAAACAAGAGCACCAAGGAAGAGUUAUAGUCACUCAGACACUAUGUGUGUGUGUGUGUGUGUCAUGGACAAACAUAUUGUCAGCAUGUUUCCUCCAUCGGUGUAAAUGUUUUCUAUAUUGUGAAUCUUGCGGAGAUAUCAUUUGGAAGGUUCAUGCAAGCCUGUCCCUGACUGUGUAUAUGGGAACUUAUUCAUGACUGAGGCCAGGAUUCAAUCCAAGGCGCGUUAGAGCAGCGCAAUAUAAUGGACUUUCAAAGGUAAAUGAUGCUUGAGUCGACAUGCUAGCAUUGACCAUGAAUGCGAUCUCGGCGAACGCCGGGGAAAACGUCUUUGGAUAACAUAUUGUCGGCUGUCUAACGCUCAGCUAUACAUAUUGAAUCCCGGCCACAGUUUCAAUUGAUUUGCAUGUUGAGGUUGUCAGUGUGUGUUCAGAUCUUGUCUGUGUAUAUUUAUAUGAUAUAAUCUAUUCCUUGCCAAGUUGAACAGUGAAACUGUUUUUUUUUUUUUUCUCAAGGACAUAUUACUUAUUACAUUAUUACUACAUGCUGUACAAUGUGUACUAUUUUGAUAUCAAAGUGUUAUUACUUAAAAAUAUAUGUUUGAGCUGUCUUAUUGGAGUUUUAUUUCUGGCAUUUGGUUUCAGGAUUAAUUAAUGACUAUUAAUUGUGAAUGUAAAUAAUAGGGGCUAUGAAAACAUGUGUGUGUUUUCAUUGCCCCUAUUAUCACACACACCAAAUACUGUUGAAUGCAAUUUCAAAUAGAAGCUAUGAGAAAUGA